CCUCCGGGACUUCUUUUUCACGAUAUUUGUUUUAAAAAAGAAAUUCUCGAAGCGAUUUUUGAGGCGUGAAAACUUAAAGCAGAAGAAGAAAUUCCUAAGAUCAAUAAAGAGAAGAAAAAAGGUAAGAAAGUGGAACAUAUUAGGAAGUUGAGUUAGAUCCGAUCCGUAUCGCAAGUAUUGAAUAGUUGAAGUGGAAGUGGAAAAUGGAAGGGAUAAAUGAGAAAGAGGAAGCACAAAAAGGUUCAUCUCCGGCUGAAUUGGGCAAAUGGGCGGAGAUUCAAGAUACGCUCAAGAAAAGAGUGAUUACGGUGGAUGAUUUCCCGUGGAGAUUAGCCUCACAGUCGGAGUCGGAGCCACAGCAGCAACAGCUCAAGUAUGUGGGAGGCGUAGACGUCAGCUUCUCCAAGGAAGAGCCAUCUAUGGCAUGUGGGAGCUUGGUGGUGUUGGACCUACUUCAUGAUCUACGCCUCGUCUAUCAAGAGUACACUUGCCUCAGCCUUGACAUUCCUUAUAUCCCGGGCUUCCUUGCCUUCCGUGAGGCUCCCAUUCUUUUACAUCUCUUGGCGAAGAUGAAAAAAGAUGCUAGUCCUUUCUACCCACAGGUACUUAUGGUGGAUGGUAAUGGAUUACUUCACCCUCGAGGUUUUGGUUUGGCCUCUCAUCUAGGUGUUAUUGCUAAUAUUCCAACCAUUGGUGUUGGAAAGAACCUGCAUCAUGUUGAUGGUCUUACUCAAUCUGGGGUAAGAAAACUUCUCGAAGCUGAAGAAAACAAAGCCAAGGGCAUUAUUACUUUAAGAGGCAACUCAGGAUUCAUCUGGGGUGCGGCAAUGAGAUCAGAGCAAGGUUCACUGAAGCCUGUAUUUGUUUCAGUUGGUCAUAGAGUAUCACUUGAAACUGCCGUUGAGAUUGUAAACAUGACUUGCAAAUUUCGUGUGCCAGAACCUAUCAGGCAGGCUGAUAUAAGAUCCAGAGAGCAUCUUCGAAACCUCAAAAUGAAAUGAUCGAGUGAUGCAAUUGCUAAAUGGAUCAGUACUGGUGGCAGUACGUUGAGCAUGAGUGAUGAUUACUCUGCAGUACUAGCGGCAUUUGUUAGAUUUUAGAUUUUCAGAGCAGUUUCAGGUAUCAAGAAUGAAGACACUGCCACACGAUUGACUUCUCAUGUAAGUAGUUGCCGUCCCCUGACAGCUAAUAGCAUACUUGAGUUUUGGGAGGGCUGACAGCAACAGUUGGCAAUGUUGGCUUGUGUUUCUUUUCCUGACUGUUCUCAUCAUGUUUGUAUAGCAAAAAGUCCAAAGGCAUUGAAUGAUCCAUCAAUCAAACGAAUUUAACUACAGAAAGCUUAGCUUGUACUUAGACGUGCUAGCCCAGGAAUACAGAGAUGCCAUGUCGGUUUGCAUUUGCAAGAUUCUUAUUUAUUUGAUGCGGGUCCUUUUGCAGUUAAAUUGUAGAAUUCCAACUACACAAGACUAUGUAUAACCCUCUUGAUUCUUGAAUGGUCUUUAAUUUUGCUGCCAAUAA